CGCUGCACUGUUCUGGUCGCGGACUUUGCUCUGACGCAUUCCAGCGGAGGCCGAUGGACAGAAAACUUUAUUUUUGAACAACAUGACUCUAAAGAGUGUCAAAUUAAGUCGGAAAUCAAAACGUAAAAAGCAUGAUAAGAUAAAAAUGGUCAAAAUUGACGACAAUCAGCAAACCAAAGAAGGAACUGAGGACGAGCCGCACCUGCUAGACUCUAUGAACAAGAAAGAAAAAUCUGCAAAACAAGUUCACAUCGCUUUUCUCCAAGAGAAAUACGAACCGCUGAUUGAGGAGGAAAUUACUGACAAACAAACAGAUGACUGUAUCAAGAAAAAACAAGACAAAUAUAAAAAGUUCAGAAAAAAUAUGGGGAAAGCUCUUCGUUUCAGCUGGAAGUGUCUGGUGGUUGGACUGCAGAAUUUCAGCACAGCCUAUUCUAUGCCACUAUGUGCCGCAGCAACAGUUGUGCCAGAAAUCCACAGAGCUAGACCUCAUGUCUAAUACAGUGCAACACCUGAGUCAUGAUCAGUGCUGGAUCCUCAUAUUUAUUACAGCCAUUAAUCAGUGAUUUAAAACUCAAUAUAUAUAUAUAUAUAUAUAUAUAUAGAAUAUUUGUGUCAUUGUUAUUAGAUGGAGCAUGAAUGGCACCCGUCUAUGUACCACAUCAGUAAUGUACCAUGUCGUGCUAUGCAUGGAAGAGAUUAAAUUUGUGUGAUUAAAUUUGCCUUUCACUACAAAACACCAAUAUACUAUUCUAAUAACUGAUGAGAACACUUUACAGGCUUAAGCCAAACAUGUUUACCUGUGAAACAGAGAAGUUCUUGAGUAGAGAUUAUAUAUUGGUAAAGUAAGUAGCUGUGGUACUGUGGAUGUUAGGCCGAAUGGAGUGCACUUAUUUUGUGCUCUCAAGGAGAAGAAGGAUAGACAGACAGGAAACAAAUGUGGAAUGAAUUGUGAUGUUAAAAAGGCAUGAAGUGUGGCUUUAGAAAGUUGUUCUAUUUCUUAAGAAUUACACAGUUAUUAAGAAUGUAUGUGCAUUUUAUAAGUAUGAAUAUGAAUUAAAAGAUCAGUUUAUGCUUUGCUGCAAACAUUUUUUUAAAUAAUAUGUUUUCUAUUAAUUGUAUAUUAAUAUUGAUGUACAAAUGAAGCAUAUGCGUGGAAUACAAAUAAAUUUGAUUUGAAAUCCUUAU